ACAAUCAUUCAUCAACCAUAUUCCUACACCUCUUUAACAUUUUUUACAAGCUAGAAACAAAAUCCUCUAAGGCAAGAACACUAAAAUGAAUACCUCAUUUCUUCAUGAGUUACUUAAUGGAAUCUCUAUCAGCUCAACUUAUCCGGCUGGAAAAUCCUCAAAGAGAUACUUGCCCGAUUCUUCAGGAAAAUACUGCAAGUCUAUCACAAAAUCAAAGAAAGGUAAAUUAAAUUCAGUUCUGACUAAGAUGACAGAUACUGUAAAAGGGAAACUGAGGUUGGGAGCAAGAAUUCUUCAAGUUGGAGGAGUUGAGAAAGUGUUUUUGCAACUCUUUAGUGUUAAAGAUGGAGAGAUGUUAUUGAAAGCAUCACAGUGCUACUUAUCAACAACAUCAGGUCCUAUAGCUGGCCUCCUAUUUAUAUCAACUCACAAAGUUGCUUUUUGCAGUGAGAAAUUCAUCAAAAUCACUUCUCCAAAAGGAGAACUUAUUAGAGUUCACUAUAAGGUCUCUAUUCCACGUGAAAAGAUACAACAUGUCAACCAAAGUCAAAAUGCGAAGAAGCCUUCAGAAAAGUACAUAGAAAUAGUCACUGUGGAUGGUUUCGACUUCUGGUUUAUGGGUUUUUUUAAUUACCGGAAAGCUUUAAGAUAUCUCCAACAGACUAUCUCUCAAUCUCAUAGAGAGAAGUUGUAGAAAUAGUCCAAUUGUUUAUCCCUACUGCUUCAUCAAUUAUUUUUUGAAGUUGCCGAGGUUCUAUAUAUGUACAAAUAUUUACAUUAUAUUGAUAAUAUAAAAAGUUAGUUGUUUCUUAAACUUUUGGUUCCAUGAUCUAACAGACAAAGUUGUUCCCUGCAAAUCUUAUCUUAAAAACAAAA